UACAAAUCAAAUCAAGACUUAUAAAAUUUUAAAAAACAGAUGGCGCGAUAUAGCAUGCGCGAAGCGAGCGCUCAACAAGGUUUUACUUAAACAAAAAGUAUAACAGAAGUAAAUAAAUAUAACAGAAGUAAAUAAAAGACGAGAUGGUAAGAGAAAACAUAUAAUAUUGCGGCAAAAUGGACCAUGAUAUAUUUAACUUAGAUCUCUAUAAAUACCAAAUGUCGAAAAUUUUUGAAAAAAAUAUUUUUGAAGAAGAAAUCCAAAUCUCUCCACUAAAAUCUGGUCAUGUGGAUCCGUAUUCUUAUGCAAAACCAGAUCAUGCAGCUGUAACUUCCAUUUAUUUAGACAUAAAUGUGGAUUUUGAUCAGAUGAUUAUUAGAGGCACAGCAAUAUUGACUAUAAGACUGGAAACUUGGGCUACUGAAGUAAUUUUAGAUAACAAUGGACUCAUUAUAUUAAGCGUUAAAGAUUUUGAUAGUGGAAUUGGUUUAACAUAUUAUAUUGAUAAUUAUGAUUGUCUUGGAAGUAAAUUUACUAUUCUGUUACCAAAAUUUAUUAUUGCAAAAACUGAAUUUAAAAUUCAGAUUGAAUACAAAACAAAACCGAAUUCUCCUGUAUUUUAUUGGCUAAUGCCAGAACAAACCUCCGCUGCCACACAUCCUUUUCUAUUGUUUGACAAUCAGUAUACACAUGCUAGAGCUAUGUUUCCCUGUCAAGAUACACCAUCUGUCAAAUUUAACUUCUCUGCAAAGAUUUCAGUACCACCAGGUCUUAAAGUUAUAACGUCUGGGAAACGUAAAAAGAUUUCAAUGACUUUAUUUCAAUAUAUAUACGAAUUUUACGAAACAGCACCAAUUCCAUCUUAUGCGGUGGUCUUGGUUGUGGGUCGACUGAGAAAUAUUAUGACAUCAGCACAUCGCAUCAACAUACUUGCUGAACCAGAGUAUUAUAAGCAGAGUAAAAAAAUGUUAUCGUUGAUACAUAUUACACUAAACAAUAUCAAUGAUCUUUGUGGUUCUUAUCUUUGGGGUACAUGUAACAUAUGCGUGUUACCAUCAAGUAUUUCACUAUUUGAGGUAGAAAGUCCUUUUUUGAUACUCGUGCCACCGACUAUACUAGACGGAGAUAAUUCUUUAUUCGCCAUAGUUAUGAAGAGCAUUCCUUAUAAAUGGACAGGAAGUAUAGUUACGUGUACAAAUUAUGAAGAUUUGUGGUUGAAUAAAAGUUUUAGUCUGUUCAUUUGGAGAAAGAUUGUAAAUAUUAUGUUUGGCAAUGAAGUAAAGGAAUUUCUGGAAAUGAAAGGCAUUUCUGACUUAAUAAACACGAUGACGAAUCCUUGGAUUCACUCUGAGUUAAAAAGUUUAAUACCAAAUUUAAUUGGAUUCUUGCCGAAAUAUGCUGUUAAUUAUGUACCUUAUGAAAAAGGAUAUCUCCUUUUACAAGAAAUAGAAUCUAAAAUAGGUGGUCCAACAGUGUUCGAGCCAUUUCUUAAAUCUUAUAUAAAUAAAUUUAAAUACCAAAAUAUAACAACUAAAGCAUGGAAGGAUUACUUAUACGAAUAUUUUUCUGAAAGAAACAAGGUAAUAAUUUUUCAAUUAAAUGUAAGCAUAUAUGUUUUCCAAUCGUUUUAAUUUUUUUAACUAUUAUAUUAUGUAUAUUAUUUC